CAUACAGGAAAAGGAGCGAGUAGUGGAGAAUAAAAGCGUAAAGGAUGAAAACAGAGCCGUAGAAACCAGUUUAACAGGCCUGGAUUUGAUUUCAAUAAAAUAAAUCUGUAAGGCAAUGGACGACUUUUGUCUGCUAAUGUGAAGGAGAUUUGUCAGCAGACGGAGUCUGUUAUUAUUGUCGGGUUGAAGGUGUUGAUUGGGACCACCCGUACAAUGUUGGACCACGCAGAUGUGAGUUUGACCCCGGAGGAGAGGGUGCGGGCCUUGACCAAGAAGGGCAGCACGGUGGACAUGAAUGAAGCUGUGCCCCUCCGCAGAUACUUUCGCUCGGGCAUGGAGAUGAUCCGCAUGGCCCAUGUGUACGCAGAGGAGGGCAACACAGAGCAUGCCUUUGUCCUCUACAACAAAUACAUCACGCUUUUUAUCGAAAAGCUCCCCAAGCGUCCAGAAUAUAAGCUUCCUAAUAUUCCUGAGAAGAAGGAAACUUUAAGGAAGUUAAAGGAGAUAGCCUUCCCUCAAGCAGAACUGCUGAAGAAGGAUUUACUAAAGAGAUAUGAGAAAGAAUACGCUGAGUAUCUCAGCAACAAGCGUGCAGAAACAGCAGCGAUGGAGCGGGAGCGAUCUCGCCAGCGGGAGCUGGAGGCGGAAAGGCAGCGUGUGGCGGAUAUGCAGAGAAGACAGCUGGAGCAGGAGCAGUUCAGCAAGUUUGAGGAGAUGAUACGUCAGCAGGAGCGCCAGCAUAUCAUCCACGAGUUCGGCACCCCAGCUCGUCGUCAGGAAGACCUCCUCAUACCUGGGGUCCAGGGCCCACCCGUGCCCUACCCAGCACCCCCCAGUCCCCCUCAGAGUCCGCAGUACCCCUCAGCCAAUCACAGCGCUCCGUCGGCUCCCAGCCCGGCCGCACCUCCCACGUUUGAUCGCUCACUCAAACCGGGUCAUCUCAGCAGCAAUACUACAUUGGUAGACGGCUUACGCCAAAUAGCUAUUCCUGCAGAGCUUUGCAGCAAAUUCCUGCGACUGGCCAAUAAUAACACCAUCAGAGCGGUGGAGACGUGCGGGAUUCUCUGUGGGAGCUUGAACAGGAACGCUUUCACAGUGACGCACGUGAUCGUGCCAAAACAGUGUGGUGGUCCAGAUUACUGUGACACAGAGAAUGAAGAAGAGCUCUUCCUGGUGCAGGACCAGCACAACCUCAUUACCCUCGGCUGGAUACAUACCCACCCCACACAGACAGCCUUCCUCUCCAGCGUUGACCUGCACACACACUGCUCUUACCAGAUGAUGCUGCCAGAGUCCAUCGCCAUCGUCUGCUCUCCAAAGUUCAACGAGACAGGCUACUUCAGGUUGACAGACUACGGCAUGGAGGAGAUCUCAACCUGUACUCAGAAAGGCUUUCAUCCUCAUCCAAAAGAACCUCCUCUGUUUACGAAUGGCAACCACAUUCAAAUCACAGAAGGCACUGUAUCAAUGCUAGACCUACGAUGAUGUUUCUUCUCUGGUGUUUUGAAUCCAGAUUCUGUUGUCCUUGAUAACUCCUCGUAU